UCUUAAAGAUAUGAACAAAGAUCUUCCUCUAAUGAUAACAGAAUAUUUCCAUAUAAAUAUGAUAUAAUGAUACAAUGAUAUAAAUAAUCUGAGAAUGCACUUAAUGAAUGAAGCGUUCUGUGUCUGAUAGUGUAAACAGUAAUAGCACCUGCAAUAGCAGCAGUGGCAGUCUCCCCCUGGUCCUAAUGCCUGUUCGGUAAAGAGUUUUAAUUCCGUAGGGGGCGCUGUCGGCCUACUUCUAAUAAAAUGAAAGUAAAAUACACCAUUAACAUUUACACUGUGUUUCUGAUUACACAAAGCAGUAACUGCUGUCGAUAAACCAUGAGUAUACUUUGAUUUAAAGGUCAGAAGCUAUAGCUUACAUGAAUUAAAAAAUAAAAAUCACAAACAGGACACUUCUAAAUUAAAUAAUUUUAUAUACACUGAUUUAUUCAUUAAUAUGUAAUAUGUUAAAACAUUUUUUUUAAACAUAUUAGCUCUUAAAUGAGCUCAAUGAGCUCUAAAAGACUUUAAGAAUUUUCGAUUUUCAAACUCCUUCACUUUAGACCAUCUACAAAUGUUAAAUCUUGUUAAGGUUACCACCGCAUUUCUCUGAAAAUAAAUAAAUAAAUAAAUAAAUAAAUAAAAUAAAAAUUAGUGAAUCAUAUAUAGUUUAUUUAUAGUUAUUUUCAAAGCUUCAGUGUACUGUCACUAUAAAAUAACUUAUUAUUAUUUAUUUAAUUAACAAAUUGUUGUUAAAACGAACCAAAAUUAAUUUGCUUAUAAUUUCUGCACAGGAGAGACUAAAUUGCUAUCGGCAUACUGGAUAUCGACAAAAAUCCAAUUUCCUGCAUCCCUAAUUAAAACAUUCUUAGAACAAAAACGUUAGUCCAGAAACAAUAAUAGAACAUUUGUUUAAAGUUAUCUGGUCUUUAAUAACGUUUCCAAAACGUUCGUGCAUAAACAUUAUUUACAUCAUUCAUAGGGGGACUUUUUUCCCCCUAAACAUUCUUAUUUGGACAUUCAUCAACGAUUUGCAAACAUUUCUACUAACUACAUGUUUUAAAACGUUCGGAGAACAUUCAAAAUAAUUCCCAUGUUUCCAAAACUAUAUAAAAAAAUUUUUCGUUAUAAAAUGCUUUAAAAACAUUUAGAAAAUAGGACAUUUUUAAGGUUUAGAGAACAUUCGGUAAGAGUGUUUUCAUAAUUUAAUGGGAACGCUAUCAAAACACUCUUAAAACAUAUUUUUUUUCUAGCUGGGAUAUCACUUACCAGCCCAACACAUGGACUGUGUGGAUGUGUUUGGAGCGGAUAUAUGGAUAGCAUCGCUUUUGUCUGGGAGGAGACAGAUCUAUCUGCCGGAGCAGGGGAAGUUGGCUGGCGGUGUGAAUUGGCUGCUUCUUAAGCCAGUUAUCUUACCGCUCCACGCUGCUGGUGCUCUGCCAGCGCUCACAGCCCUGACUCUGAGUGAGGACGACAUUAAUGAGUCGAGCGAGACCCUCUCUCUUCCGCAGGCAAAAGAUGGACGUAUGCAUGAGAUUUCCUGAUAGUAGCCCAAAUAAAGCACGAACGCACACACACACACACACAGCCUUCAGACCGCAAGGCCUAUGGGAGGCAGUGAUGCUGCGAGCAGACAGUCUGCAGAUACACACGCGAACACGCCACACACCGAGCGAGGAAGAGAGAUAGAGCAAAUGUAGUCCAUGAUACAGAGAUGGCAAACGCAUCCUAAUCAUUCGCCCAACACACAUGCGCGUGUGCUGUGGCACCAGGAGGCUCGAUGCUUUAUUGUUUCUCCGGAUGGGUGGAGGUCUGGGCGCUAAGCUGAGGAUGCAGGCAUCACGCUGAGGAGCUCCAGGCCAAUUGGUUGCCUGCCUUCAACCGUUAUCUGCUCUCUUCCUUCUCCGGCUGUCUCCGCGUCUCUCCUCUUCCUCUGUCUUCCUUCAACUCGUGAAGAAUGAUUAGCAUACGGGAGGCGAGAGGAACUUUGCAGCGCGAGUGAGCAGGAGAACAAGUGCGCAAAAGGAAGGACGCUGGAAAAUACAAUCAGCAGCGAUUGGAAAGUUUGAGCGAAGACAACAUUUACACACUGAAAAUGAAAUUGGAGGAGGCGUAGUGACCUCUUAUCAGUUGUCUAACAUAGAGGGCCGUGGGGCAAACAGAGGUCUGAACCAAAGAGCAAUUAAACCGGCACCCGGCAACAUCAGAUGGAGGUGGAUGUAGCAGAUGAGAAGCGCCAUUGCACUCGCUCAAAAGUUCCCCUGGAGCCAGCCAUACAAGAGUUGUUCAGUGUGUAUGGCUGUCCUGUCGCCAAGAAGAGAAAACCCCUGGAGAGUCAUGCCCUGGAGCCCUCGCCCAAGAGGAAGGUCUUUCUAACAGUCGUAGACCAGCAGUCAAUGGAAAAAUGCUACAAAACGCACAAAAUGGAGGAGAUGGAUGAAAAAGAGGAGGAAGAGGAGGAGGAGGAGGAGGAAGAAGAAGAGGAUGAGGAAGAGGAAAAAGAAGAAGAAGACGAAGCGGAGGAGGAAUAUACAGACAACGAGGACCAAUAUGAACAGGAAGAGGUAGAAGUGAUUAAUGGAGAAGAAGAAGAGGUGGAGCAGGAAGAAGAGGACAUGGUAGAGGAGGAAGAGGAAGAAGAAGUAGAAAGAGAGGGGGAGGAAGAUGAAGAAGAGGAUGAGCUGGAGGAAGAUGAGCAAGAGGAUGACGAUCAAAUUCAAGAAAUAGAGAGUGACCAUAUGAACUGCAGUCCCAGCAGAACAAGCCCCUCCAUGGAGAAGGACAACAACAACAAUGAUGAAUACGACAACUACGAUGAACUGGUGGCCAAAUCUCUGCUCAACUUGGGCAAGAUCGCAGAGGACGCCGCUUACCGGGCCAUGACUGAGUCCGAGAUGAACAGCAACUCUUCAAACAGUGCAGAAGAGGAAGAGGAGGAGGAAGAGGAAGAAGAAGAUGAUGAAGAGGAUGAAGAAGAUGAGGAAGAUGAGGACGGCUCAAGGAAAGGUGAGCUGAGUCUAGACGUGAACAGUGAUGUGGUAAGGGAGACUGUGGACUCUCUAAAGCUCCUGGCGCAGGGUCACGGAGUCACGCUCUCAGAAAACCUCCACGAGAGGCCGUUUCAGGAUGAAGGGAUCGAGAGCACGGACUGCGAUAUAAACGGAAAUGGGCCCAUGGGUAAUGGACUCAGUGGUAACUGCGGUAAAGCCACCACUAAUGGCCAGAUGGGAGAAAAGAGUGACGAGGAAGUUUGUCUGAGCAGUUUGGAGUGUCUUCGCAACCAGUGCUUUGACUUGGCACGCAAGCUAAGCGAGACAAAACCAUCCGAGCGGUUCAACAACAACCAGCAGGAGGCUCAUCAGCUUUAUCAAGAGGCCCAGCAGCAGCUGCAGCAUCAGAGUCCUGAGGAGACCCGCGUCCUCGAGCGGAAUUACUCCGACAUGGUCAACCUGAUGAAGCUGGAGGAGCAGCUCAGCCCGCGCUCCAAGGCUUUUUCCAGCUGCGCGGCAGAGCACAAGGUCUUCCAGGACUGCGAUGAAGACACCACCUCCGUCACGUCGGACCGCUCAGAGGACGUUUUCGACAUGACCAAAGGCAACCUGUCACUGCUGGAGAAGGCCAUAGCGCUGGAAACGGAGCGGACCAAAGCUUUGCGGGAAAAAAUGGCUUCAGAAGCAGUCAGGAGAGAUAGACUGCAUUUGCAUGAGGAUGGUUUGAGGCACAGCUGUGCAGAGGAGCGGAAGGCGCGUCUGCACCACGAUGGCCUAAAGAAGCCCUUCUACCUUAAAGAUUCUUCACGGUCGGGGAAAAAAGAGAGCCGGUGUCCAACGCCUGGCUGUGACGGCACAGGUCAUGUGACGGGUUUGUACCCGCACCAUCGCAGCCUGUCUGGAUGCCCUCAUAAAGACAGAGUCCCGCCAGAAAUUCUUGCAAUGUAUGAAAAUGUUCUUAAGUGCCCUACGCCUGGCUGCACGGGCCGGGGUCACGUCAACAGCAACAGGAACUCUCACAGGAGCCUGUCGGGCUGUCCAAUAGCGGCUGCAGAGAAACUGGCCAAAGCCCACGAGAAACAUCAGUCAUGUGAUGGAGGCAAAUCCAACCAGGCUUCAGACCGUGUGCUCAGGCCCAUGUGCUUCGUGAAACAGUUGGAGAUUCCACAGUACGGCUAUAAAAACAACGUGCCCACUUCAACUCCACGAUCCAACCUGGCCAAAGAGUUAGAGAAAUACUCCAAAACAAGUUUUGACUACAACAGCUACGACAACACCAACGUCUACAGCAAACGGCACACUGCUGCACCCAAAGUCCACAGUCGGGACACACUGCCCAAAAGUGAUGACGUGAAGCGCUACUGCAAGAGCUCCAGUUCGGCGAGCAGCACCACCAGCAGCUACGGGCCCAGCAGCAGCAGUCUGAGCUGUGGAGGAGGAGGAGCGAGAGGAGGAGAGAGCAGCGCCAGCAGCACCUGCAGCAAGAGCAGCUUCGACUACACGCACGACAUGGAGGCGGCACACAUGGCUGCUACCGCCAUCCUCAACCUCUCCACCCGCUGCAGAGAGAUGCCACAGAGCCUGAGCGGGAAACCCCUGGAGAUCUGCACGCAGUCUGAUGAUCUGGAUCCCUUCCAGGACAUUUUAGAGGACAGCGCAUACACUACAGAUGUCGGCAUUCCCAGUCCCAAACUGAAAUUCCCGCCUUGCAAAGAAAGCAAAAAGGACCUGAUAACUCUUUCAGGUUGUCCUUUAGCAGACAAAAGCAUUCGGAGUAUGAUGGCCACCAAUUCACAAGAACUCAAGUGCCCGACCCCGGGCUGUGAUGGCUCGGGACAUAUCACUGGCAACUAUGCUUCACACAGAAGUUUGUCAGGAUGUCCACGCGCUCGGAAGACUGGAAUAAAGAUAACACACAGUAAAGAGGACAAAGAAGACCAGGAGCCCAUCAGGUGUCCAGUUCCUGGUUGUGACGGUCAGGGUCACAUAACGGGUAAAUAUGCGUCACACCGCAGUGCAUCGGGCUGUCCACUAGCGGCCAAACGGCAGAAGGACGGCUAUAUCAAUGGCUCUCAGUUCACAUGGAAGGCUGGAAAGACGGACGGCAUGUCGUGUCCCACUCCGGGCUGUGACGGUUCUGGACACGUCAGCGGCAGUUUCCUUACGCACAGAAGUCUCUCUGGUUGCCCACGCGCCACAGCAGCAAUGAAGAAAGCCAGACUAUCAGGAGUGGAGAUGCUCACAAUAAAACAGCAAACAAGCAAUGGUUUAGACUGUGAUGCGGAUGUUAAACAGCUGGAUGAAGAUAUUAAAGAUUUAAAUGAAUCAAAUUCACAGGUGGAGGCGGACAUGAUCAAACUUAGAACACAGAUUACCACAAUGGAGUCUAAUCUGAAGUCCUUAGAGGAAGAAAACAAGGUGAUUGAACAGCAAAAUGAAUCUCUCCUGCAUGAGCUGGCCAACCUCAGCCAUUCACUGAUAAACAGUUUAGCUAAUAUCCAGCUACCUCAUAUGAAAUCACUUCACAAAGAGCCUCCAGUUAGACAUAACAGCUGUUUACAUCAGAGAGAGCCGAUGAGCGAACAGAACUUUGACGCAUAUGUGACCACGCUAACGGACAUGUACACGAAUCAAGAUCACUAUCAGAGUCCAGAGAACAAGGCCCUGCUAGAAAAUAUAAAACAAGCGGUACAAGGCAUUCAAGUCUAGCAUCUCAGAAUGAAGGGGAAACUUUCCUAAAAUGAAGAAUUAUGGGGGAAAGAAGACACUUCCAGAAAAAAAAAAGAAAAAAAAAAAUCAUAACAAUCAUAUUGGAUGCCUCAUGCUUUGCUAUUGUAGUUUAUCAAACAGUGUUAAAUUCAUGUUCUUUUUUAAAAAGUGUUAUGCUGACUAAACAUGGUUUUUCUUUUGUUUUUGUUUUUUCUUGCCUUGCUUUAAAAAAAAUAUUGAUCUGCAAAAUAGUUUUUGAAAGUAUUCACAUUUUGUGCGUUUUCAUAUUGGCUAAUGUAAUGUGAAUCAUCCUUCUCGCUGCUCAUUGAUGCACCUUUUUAGUGUAUAUUUCUGAACAGUAAUGCAACCACUACUGAACAUUAUUUGAUGCUUGCUGAAAGAGUGUCAUAAACUGGAAAAAGCUAGCCACUAAACAUUUUUUAAUCAUCUGAAAGAUGUUUUGUGCCAUUUCUGAAAUGGCAAGUGUUUCUUUUUUUUAUCAUUUAAGGAAUAGUUUAGCCAAACUGAAAAUUUGCUGAAAAUGUACAUGUUUGAGAUGUAAAUGAGUUUGUUUCUUCGUGUUAACAAAUUUGGAGAAAUGUAGCAUUAAUAGCAUGUGUAGUUGUUCACAAAGAGAUGCUCUGCAGUAAAUGGGUGCUGUCAGAAUGAGAGUCCAAACAGCUGAUAAACACACCACAGUGAUCCACAUUUUUAUCAGCUGUUUGGACACUCAUUCUGAUGGCAGUCAUUCACCGCAGAGCAUCCGCUGGUGAGCAAGCGAUGGAAUGACACGUUUCUCCAAAUCAGUUCUGGUGAGAAAACAAACUUAUCUACAUCCUGGAAGGCCUGAAGGUGAGUACUUUUUCAGCAAAUUAUCAUUUCUGGGUGAACUAUACUUUUAAUAUCAGCUAUCAGUGAAGAAAGAUAAGGGGGGGAAAGGGUUGGUGUUGAAAACAAAGAUCGUAGAAAUGGCUUUGGCAUGUGAAUGUUUUAUGGUAAACGUCAUGACACCGAAAGCUAACGGCGGAGACCCUGUUAAUGCUUCAAAAUGCAAAAGCUUUGAUUAUCUUUGGCUUUGUCAUUUAAUCUGUAUUAAUGUAUCGGCAAUAGCGGCUCCAAACAUCGCGUCUUGAUUUGGUCUGUUCUUGAAAUAACAGUAGCCGGAAUGGAACUGUCUCAGCAAUAUAUGACUUAACCAUGUGUAUAAAAAAAGAGAUGCAAUCUAUGUGGUGGGUAUAUGCAAUUUCAUGUUUGUAAACAGUGGAAGCUACAGAAUCUUUUUACUAUAUGUAAAUGAUUGAUUUUUAUAUAAAUCUUUUAAUACAAAUGUUUUAAAGGGACGGAAAGGUGGAAAUUAGGUUUAGAGACGGACAAUGCUCUAUGAGUUUCAUUUUGUUCCUGUAUACAGUGCUGCGCAGGGACACGUUUGUUUCCAUGCUCGGAUGUUUGUACAGUAUGGAAAAUAUAGCAGAAGGAAUCUGUAAAGAAUAUAGACAAUGAAAACGGGACCUACAGGGUUUUUGCCCCCCCACUUUUGUGCCAGAAGACUAUUUGCACUUAUCCCACCUUCGGUCGAUGUGCAAUCUCCAGGUGUCUCUGUGGCACGAGGAAGGCGUGAUGACAGACGUUGAGCAAUUUGAGGAGAUCAGAGAUUACAGGGAUUUGAAAUAUUAAUGAGGACAAUAUCUUUACGAGAAAUAUUGUGCAUUUUUAAAUAACAAUGCUAGUUCGUUGAGUAUGUUCUAUAUCAUACAAAAUAAUCCCCAGCAGCACUUUAUGUCUAAUCACUGUACAAAAUCAUUAAAGAGUAGUCAAUCGAAAUAAAGCGUUUUAAGGACAAAAACAAAAAAACAAAAAAGCAAAACAAAACUCCCACUGCAAUGGGAUCGGUUGUUCGAGUCAGCGGUAGAGUUUGGGGGUGUUGCGGCAUUACGUGCACCCCUAAUUUCCAUUGUACUAUUAGCUGUAGCAACCUUGUUAAUACCUUAUUGAGAGCUAAUGCAAAGGUGCUUGUAUUUCACUGGAUAUCAUCCAUUGUACUAAUCAGUCCUUUUUUAGGGCUCCAUCAUUCAUGCACAGCAUCACAUCUGCAGCUUUUUGCUAAUAUAGUAAUGCUUUCGAUAGAGAAAUAGCUAGUAUCAGUUUUUGAAUUGAUUAUUGUCAUGGUACAAUGGAAAUGGGAAUUUAAGCACAAACAUGCUGCUCAUUUACUGUCGGUGCAUAAUACUUUUUUUUUUUUUUUUUUUACAUAUA